AUGGUCGCGUUCCAGUCCAAGGAAGUUAAGGACUAUCUGACAACACAAGGCAUCCAUCAUCACCGUGUAACACCUUUACGGUCCCAGGCCAAUGGAAAAGUGGAAGGCUUCAUGAAACCUAUGGGUAAAGCUAUUCGAGCGGCUUGGGCAGAGGGUAGAGAUUGGCAAAGAGAACUAUUCGCAUUUUUUAUGAAUUAUCGUACUACGCCCCACCUAUCUACAGGUGUGGCGCCAGCCGAGAUGCUUUACAAACGAGUAUUUCGAUCUACCGUUCCGUCUUUCUCUCAGGAGGCACCUUGGCAUACAGCUGCAAAAAGGGUUUUGAAACUGAAGGCUAAGUCAAAACAAUAUGUGGAUGCCAGAAGACGUACACGAAAGUCAACGAUAAAGGAAGGACAUACAGUGUUGGUGAAACAGAAAAAGAAGAACAAGUACUUAUACAACCACGUUUCGUCCUCAACCAUACAAAGUUAUCAAUGUGCGAUAUUCCAGAGUAACAGCGCAAAGUGGUGAUCAUGUGAAUACAAGAAACGUUUCGCAUUUUAAGAAAUUUAGUGGAGCGUAUAGAGAAACUGUUCCAAAUCCCCAGUCAGAAGAUGAUGUUACCAUUGCGGCCACACAAGCAGGACAGGACAAUGAUCAAGACAUAAUUGAAAAUAGAUAUCCUUUAAGAGCAAAAAGAGGCGUACCGCCAGAUUUUUAUGGACGGUAA